AUGGCAGGACCAACUCUGAGACAAGGUCUGGACCGCGAUGUCUACGCUGUCCUAAAAAAAUUAGAAGGUGCGGAUGAGGGCAGCUUCAACACAAUCGGCAAGGUGUACGACGCCAUCCAGUCCUCAAAUUCGCACUUGCGACGACAAAAGAAGAAACCUCUCGAGGACUCGAUUUACCGCGUUCUCGAAUUUCGCAAAGAGGAACUACGAGACUCGGAUGAUUCCGACGCCGCUAUCGAAGAAGCUGAGGCUCGGAUGCUUCCCAAAAAGACCGAGGACGAGCGCUUUCUUCUCAACCGACAGAUGACGAAACACUGGCAUACCGAAAGGAAAGAGCCAUCCACGAUACCUCUCGACUCGGGCGGGCGGCAACCAAAAAAGCGACGCAUAGAAGGCGACGGGGAGGGAAGGAGCGACCACGAUGGACCCCCAGACACUACUGCUAGCAGUAACGAACUCCCGCCAGACUCAGCUACCACCAACGGUAACGGUGCACCGAACGCACACACAACAAUCGAAAAGACGGAAACUACCACAAACAAUAUCUCGGCAACAAUUGAGAAGGUGUCCAAGAAGAAGAAAACCGCCAAGCCAAAUGGUCAUGAGGUCAGCCGUCCUACUAUCUCAGAAGUGCGAUUGGGUGGUAUCAAGGAGACUUAUGAGAGGCUUUUCGACCUCAUGUCCAUCAGUUUGGUUCCUCAGGACCCGGGAUGGAAUCGAGAUCAGGGAAUUCUUCUUUCAGGCCCCAUGGGUGUGGGAAAGAGAUCUUUGGUGCGGUCAGUGGCUGCCAAGCUUCAGGUCCCCAUUGUGUCGAUGGCCGAUUGUCUACAAGAUUCUGAACGUAUGGAGAAGUCAGUCAUGGAAGCCAUGGAUGAGGCUAUGCGGCUCGCCCCUUGCAUCAUCUUCAUUGAAAAUGCACACGACUGCAUGGGUGCAUCGAAAGACACAGCGCACCAUGCCGAUCACUUGAAGGUCAUCCGCUACUUUGAGAAAGAAAGGCAGAAAAUGUUGGACCAACUUCCACCACACAUAGGUGUGCUUGUGGUUGGAACGACGACCAAUCUGGCCAACGUUCACAUCGAAACACUGUAUAGUGGCUGCUUCAACAAUAUAAUCAACGUCGAUGUUCCUGGCCUGGCAGCCCGGGAAGACAUCUUCAGGGUUCUCACUGAGGGCAUGAAUAUAUCUACCGACAUAGACUUUGCAGAACUUGCUAAGAUGACGCACGGUUACGUCGGUAUGGAUAUAAAGGCUCUCAUUGGCAGGGCCCAGGUGGCACCAAGGAUCUGGGCCGUGCAACAAAGGCGAGCAGCCAAAGGUGAUGGGGACAACCAGGACAUGGAGAGGCCUGGUACCGACAAGAACGCUAUCCUGACAUUCGAGCACAUACAAGAAGCCAUGAAGGAUUACGUACCACUGCUGAGAAACGAGGGUUUCACUGAGAUACCCAAGGUCAGCUGGAAGCAGGUGGGUGGUCUGGCCGAAGUGCGCAAACAGCUUAACACUUCGAUUAUUGGACCCAUAAAGACACCCGAUAUUUAUGCAGGCUGGGGUCUCAACCGCCCUUCCGGCGUCAUACUAUGGGGUCCCCCAGGUUGCGGAAAGACGUUGGUGGCACAGGCUGUGGCCAACGAUGCCCAGGCCAGCUUUAUCCUCAUCAGUGGACCAGAACUCCUCAACAAGUACGUCGGUGAGUCGGAGCGGGGCGUGCGGGAGCUGUUCCAGCGUGCACGCUCCUCAGCGCCCUGCAUCCUCUUUUUCGACGAAAUGGACUCUCUGGUACCCCGACGCACCGGUACGUCGUCUGAUGCCGGCGUCCGCGUCGUGAACGCCCUUUUGGCCGAACUGGAUGGUGUACGAGACAGGUCGGGCGUCUACGUCAUUGGUACCACCAACCGUCCUGACAUGAUUGACCCCGCCAUGAUGCGACCGGGUCGCCUCAGCGUCCGCCUCUUCCUCGAUCUCCCCACCGAAGAUGAGCGCGUCGAUAUCUUGAAGACGCUUUUCCUCAACUCGCGUCCCAAUUCCUCCUCGGACGAGAUUUCCCGUUUAGAACGUGUUGCGAGAGAUCCACGAUGCAAAGACUUCAGCGGUGCUGACCUAGACGGUCUUCGUAUCAAAGCGAUACAGAUCGGGUUGAACAGGUGGAUGGAAGGCAAAAAGACUGUUGCCGAGGUGGACGACCAUGACUGGGACGAUGCACUGGCCACUACGUACUGCAGUGUCGAUGACCCGGCCUCAUAUAGGGAGCUGGAAGCUGAGAUGAGGAACGAAAAGGGAAAGGGGCGUAGACAGAGCAAGAAGUAG